AUUCGAGAGAAGGGUGGAUAUUCUCUCUAGGGGCUACAUUGUAACAAUUAAGAAAUGUACGUAGCCCGUAAUCUAGGUUACAUUUUAACAAUCUAAAUUGUAACUAUUUAAAAUAUAUACAGUUGAAAAUUGUAGCCAUUAGCCAACAAAUGCUUAGCCACACGACAGUGCAAUUUAAUUAUCAAGAAGUUCUCUAGUAGGAAGUUGACUUUCACCUCAUAGGCUACGAAAAGGGGGCUUUCUCAGAAAGGGAAACACGUAAUGUAACCCAGGCUACUUCUAUAGCAGUGUUAAUAGAUCGGACGAAUUGUCAACGAGAUUUCAAAGAAAAUGUCGAUCUCACUUCUGACUGUCUUUCUUGCGGAAGCAAUACUCUGCACAGUUUCAGGUGAACAGCUCUACAGAAAAGUGGGAGGUGAGCUCGUGUUGACGCCUGACAAGUCCACAGUGACUGACCCCAUCACAAGCAUCCUAUGGAAGCAUGGGAAGAACAAGGUGGCAGAGUGGGACAAGGAUUUUGGUGGUCUGGACAUCUAUGCUGCCUUCAAAGAGCGUACAACCCUGGACCAGACUACUGGAGAGCUGAGAAUCAGUGGAUUGAAGAAAACAGACAGUGGAGAUUAUUCUGUGGAAUUCAACAGCAAACUGCUUGACCAGACAUAUAAACUAUUUGUUAUCAAGGCAGUCCCCAAACCCAAAAUCACUUCUUCCUGUAACCCAGACAAAACCUGCAAUCUGACCUGUGAGGGCAACACCACUGAUGCUGAACCAGUCACCUACAGCUGGAAACAGGGAGAGGGGGCGUGGGAGGACUUAGACAAACAGAUUAAUAUCAAUAAGAGAGACACUGGCAAAUCAACCAACAGUUACACGUACUUCUGCAAGAUGAAGAACUCUGCUGGGGAAGGUGAAGUCAGCGAGCCAGUGGUGUUAGGCUCAGAUGGCUGGUUGACCAAGGCCAGGUUCAUUGGUAUUUCUGUCUUUGUUCUUGCUGUUGCUGGAGUUCUAUCGUUCAUUUUUGGUCAUAGAGCUAAAACGGGAGUUUGGAUCUAUGAGAAAGAAUCAAUGCCUUGGAAAGGAGAAUUCUGGAGAAACCAGAGAGAAGUGGGACCUACCACUGACACAUCAAAUGGAGUUUCUGCAUCCACAGAGGAAGCCUUGGCGAGGGAAAAUUAUCAUAAAGAUGAUUCGGUAUUGUAGGAUGGAAUCAGUAUGACAGCUAUGAGCCAUUGACCAACUCAUCAUUUUCGGCUGUUGACACCACAAAAUCGACACUGGUGUUGACAUCACAGUUCCACAUGAAUGACUGCCACGUCCACUCUGUCUCAAACUGUUUAACCCGGACACUGCAUUAUAACUUGCUUAUCCACUCAAACUGUUUAACCCAGACACUGCAUUAUAACUUGCUUAUCCACUCAAACUGUUUAACCCAGACACUGCAUUAUAACUUGCUUAUCCACUCAAACUGUUUAACCCAGACACUGCAUUAUAACUUGCUUAUCCACUCAAACUGUUUAACCCAGACACUGCAUUAUAACUUGCUUAUCCACUCAAACUGUUUAACCCGGACACUGCAUUAUAACUUGCUUAUCCACUCAAACUGUUUAACCCGGACACUGCAUUAUAACUUGCUUAUCCACUCAAAUGUUGCUUCCUCAACAGUUUCUUCAAACUGUUUUGUAUAUAUUUAAUGUAUAUAUUAUCUAGAUAUUAAACUGUCUUAAUGACA